ACUGCGCUACUAUGAUGCUGGAACUACUGACGACAAGUGACCGGAAGUUGGCAGCGGCUAUUACCGGUGUAGUCUGGUCUGUGUGUGUGAUGACGUUAGCUCUUGUAGCGUUUCUCUUGAGGGACAACUCUUGGCGGACCUUACAGAUAGUACUCAGCUCGACUUCACUCUUUGUUGUCUUACAGAUAUUAUAUCUGGAUGAAUCUUUACGCUGGAUGGUUGCCAACGGAAAAAUCAAGCAAGCCGUUAAGGUCAUUAAAAAAGCUGUCAAGAUGAACAAAUGCGACGAAGACGUUGUUUUAAAGAUCUUCCAAGAUCACGUGGAACAAGUGCAGAGUCAGAACGUUCUAGAAAACUUUGAUAUCAAGUCUUUAGUGAACAUGGAAAAACGGGAAUCUUUAUAUCAACAAAACUUUGACACACAAAAAGUUUUGUGCGAACAAAGUAACGGACAAAUAAACAUGAUCCUCUUUGGUGCUGACCAUCAAAAUACGAACUGCCUUAAAAAGAAUGACCAUCAAGAAACGUUAUCCCAACCAGAUGAACAUCAAGAAACCUUAUCCCAACCAGCUGACCACCAAGAAGCUUUAUCCCAACCAGCUGACCCUCAAGAAACUUUAUCCCAACCAGCUGACCCUCAAGAAACUUUAUCCCAACCAGCUGACCAUCAAGCAACGUUAUCCCAACCAGCUAACCAUCAAGAAACCUUAACCCAAAUAGCUGACCAUCAAGAAACUUUAUCCCAAUUAGCUGACCAUCAAGAAACUGUAUCCCAACCAGCUGACCAUCAAGAAACUGUAUCCCAACCAGCUGACCAUCAAGAAACUUUAUCCCAAUUAGCUGACCAUCAAGAAACUUUAUCCCAAUUAGCUGACCAUCAAGAAACUUUAUCCCAAACAGCUGACCAUCAAGAAACUUUAUCCCAAACAGCAGACCAUCAAGAAACUUUAUCAAAAACAGCUGACCAUCAAGGAACUGUACCCCAAAAAGCUGACCAUCAAGAAACUUUAUCCCAACCAGCUGACCAUCAAGAAACCUUAUCCCAAACAGCAGACCAUCAAGAAACUUUAUCAAAAACAGCUGACCAUCAAGGAACUGUACCCCAAACAGCUGACUAUCAAGAAACUUUAUCUCAACCAGCUGACCAUCAAGAAACUUUAACCCAAACAACUGACCAUCAAAACACGUUAUGCCAACAGUCAGUAGACUAUCAUUACUAUCAAGAAUACGUAAAACAACAGAAAGACAUUGGUGAUACAAAACCCCAUCUGGAGUUGAGUGAGUUUUCCCAAUGUAAAGCUGUAAAUUCAGAACAAAAUUUGGUGUCUUCCGGCGAAGACAAACUCUCCCAGAAUUCUCAAAUAAUACACAGUGAACAGAUGUCUUUCUUUGACCUUGUUAAGGAUAGGCGUUUGUUGGUGACGUCAUUGGUGAAUGGGUUGCUUUGGUUUACAACUGCUGUGGGCUAUUUCGGAAUUUACUUUACAUCGACUACAUUAGUGGGUAAUCGAUUCCUGAAUUUUUUCCUAACUGCUCUAAUGGAGGCCCCAUCAAACUUGAUGUUGUAUUCUAUUUUAGACAGAUUUGGCCGACGGAUCUCCACAGGCGGGGUAUUUGCAAUCCUUGGGAUAUCUGUGCUGGCUUCUGGAAUUUGUCGACACCUGCAACAAGUGUACAACGACGACAUAUUCGCCUACUUAGCUCUGGGAUUUUCUCUUCUGGGAAUGUUGGGUGCAAGUUCUUGUUUUGGGAUUGUUUUCCUUUACACACCAGAAAUGUUUCCCACAAAUAUCAGAAAUCAGGCACUCGGUGUGUCCUCGUUUGUUGGAAGACUAGGUGGGAUGCUGGCACCUUUCCUGGGUCUAUUGGCGGAGCAAGCCAUCUGGUUGUCUGGGCUGUUGAUUGCUUCCCUUUGUACUCUCGUCUGCCUCACUCUCAGAUUUCUGCCGGAGACCAAUGGCCGCGAGCUGCCGCAAAGUCUUCAAGAGUUGAAGCGUUGGUGACGUCAUCGGUACUUCAGACCUUGAGCGUUUAAUAAAAUGUGUUUAAAGUGUUUAGGCUACACAAGAUGUGUUUACUGCUUAUGAUUAACCAAUGUAUUGCUGUAAAAUAAAGUCAGUAGCUGAUACCAGCUAA